AUGGAAUUACGUACCCAACAAUCUUCCCAAUCUUAAUUUUCGUCUCGUCAUGAUGACAUCUUCUAAGCAGCAUUCCGAUGAAUGUCGCCAACUUCCGGAAGACGUGAUAGAGCAAGUGCUGGUCAGGUUGCCUUGCAAAACAGUGUUGAGAUUUAGAUGCGUGUCGAGAAGAUGGAAAGCUAUCAUCCAAACCAAAUUCUUCGUCAAUCAGCACCUGGCCAUAACAGCAGCAGAAAGUAAAAGUAAUCCGAACAUCACCAGGGUUCUAGAAGUGUGGGAAGACAAUGGUUCAUGUAUCCACACAGUGACGCUGGAGCCGGACAUGAUUGGUAAGUUGAGAACCAAGGAAUUGGACUUAAACCACCCUUUUGGAAAGCAUGUAGCUGGAAUCCAUGGAUGUUGCAAUGGCCUGAUUUGUUUGACUUACUCCGAGUAUCACACAGCUGGGGCUCCCUCAAGACAUCGCCUUUUGUUGUGGAACCCAAGUAUCCGCAAGUAUUGGGAAUUGCGGCAGCCUAUCCGGUUCAUUACUUCAGCUGAUCAUAAAUUUGAUCCUGCGAGCUGGAAUUUUGUGUAUGGUUUUGGAUACGAUGAUCUCAACGAUGAUUACAAGGUGGUGAAAGUGGUUGAAAGCUCUCAUUUUGGGGUUCGAAUCCAUCAACAAGUUGGGGUUUAUAGCCGGAAGCUUAAUUCCUGGAAACUUAUUGAAAAGAUGCCCACUUCUGCUGCUGCUGGACAAAUUGAUUCAACUGUCACAGGCGAUGGCAAACUAGUCAACAAUGCUCUUCAUUGGAUCAUAGACUGCGAUAUUUAUUUUGUAGCUUUUGACCUCAGAACGGACACAUACCGAAUGAUUCCCCAGCCAGAUGAGGUAAUGAAAGAUAGGGAUUCAAUGGCACGGGAUUGUUCUUAUGGGGAUUUACAAGGCUGCCUAUAUGUGAUGUAUGGACACAAAGCCACAGCUAGUCUGCAUCUGUGGAUAAUGAAAGAUUAUGGCGUGAAGGAUUCUUGGACUAAGAUUGUUGUUUUAGAGGAUUUUCCAAGACGUAGUUGGUACUACCCUAAGGGUCCGACGCGGCAGCAUAUUCCUAUCGCAUAUAUACGCGGAGGAGGAGGCGGAGGCGGAGGAAGCGGUAAAGUUUUCUUUGAUGAUCGGAGUUGCGUUUAUGGUUAUGAUAUUGAAACACAAACAUUUGAAAACUGCCCUCCCUAUUCAUCCUUUUCACUAUGUGUUCUUCAUGGUGAAUAUUCCUUCAUUAGCACACUUGUUGACCUUGACCUCACUGCACAAAGGUAG